GGAUAUAGUGAAUGCGGGGUCCGGGGGAGACCGGAUAUAGUGAAUGAGGGUCCGGGGAGAGCGGAUAUAGUGAAUGUGGGGUCCGGGGAGAGCGGAUAUAGUGAAUGCAGGGUCCGGGGGAGAGCGGAUAUAGUGAAAUCAAGGGUCCGGGGAGAGCGGAUAUAGUGAAUGUGGGGGUCCGGGGAGAGCGGAUAUAGUGAAUGCAGGGUCCGGGGAGAGCGGAUAUAGUGAAUGCAGGGUCCGGGGAGAGCGGAUAUAGUGAAUGUGGGGUCCCGGGGAGAGCGGAUAUAGUGAAUGCAGGGGUCCGGGGAGAGCGGAUAUAGUGAAUGCUGGGUCCGGGGAGA